GCUUGGCAAAGGGAAUGGGCUACAUCCUUUGCGCACUACGCAGAUAAUUCUAGAACUGCGCAUAUUUUAGGGCUGAAGGACGAAAUCCCUUUAUUUUAUUUAUAAUGAAGUGCUACAAAAUGUGUUUUUAAUUGUACGAAAUCAAAUAUAUUUACAAGUUCUAAUGAUACUAUUUAGAUAAUAGUUUUACAGUGAAUAAUAAUAUUGAAUCAAUAAGGAUCAUUUUGUGGAAUAUCGCGUGUGCGUCCUUUUAAUGGAGUAGUGUUUAUUUGUUUCUGGUUUUUGACCUGGGCCAAUUUCCUUUAUGUCCAGUUUAUAUAAACAUGACCUUUUUGGUACUUUCGUUGUGCCAAUGAACUGCUAGCUCUGUCUUGUUAUUUAAAAAAUGUGGCCCUUUGCAAUGAAACUGUUUGUGUAUCUGGCAAUAUUGACUACUUAUUUACAAGUGCAUAUUGGAGAAUCUACUGUCAUUUCUCCCCCUGUCACUACCAAAUGUGAAUUUUACAACAGCAGUUGCGCCGCUCAACCAGGAGGAUGUGAUAGAGUGACAGAAUGUGAACCAGCUGAGGAAAACAAAAGAAACCAUUGCUUUGUUUUAUGGACUAUAAAUCCUAAUGGGACACACAAUGUGUCUUUGAAGGGUUGUUUUCUGAAUACUGAAGACUGUUAUGGCAAAAGAGCAUGUGUAGAAAAAUCCCAUAGUCCAAGAAACAAUAUUCUUUUUUGUUGCUGUGAGGGUGAUAUGUGCAAUGAAGAUUUCAGUUGGGAUCCCACACCUACUGAACCUCCUCCCCCCAGCACUGCUAUUCCCACAAUGGAGGAGUCACAUACACUGCUUAUUGUCAGUGUAGCUCUGAUUAUAGUGUUUGCCAUUGCAUUAGUAGCAAUUGUUUACUUCUGUACCCGCAGACACAAACGCUACUUUCAAGGGUUGCCUACUUCGGACCCCCAUCCAAUUCCACCCCCAUCUCCCAAAUAUGACUGCAGGCCUAUACAACUUAUUGAGAUUAAAGCCAGAGGUCGGUUUGGGGCUGUUUGGAAGGCUAAGUUUAAGGCAGAAGAGGUUGCUGUUAAGAUAUUUCCAAUACAGGAUAAGCAAUCUUGGCAAACAGAACAAGACAUUUUCAAGUUGCCCUACAUGGAUCACCCGAAUGUCCUCUACUACAUAGGAGUAGAGAAAAAAGGAGACAACUUGCAGGCUGAAUUUUGGCUUAUUACGGCCUACCACGAAAAGGGAUCAUUGUGUGAUUAUUUGAAAGCAAAUACACUAACUUGGGCUGAACUCUGCAAAGUGGCUGAAAGCAUGGCAAGAGGCCUAAUGCAUUUACACGAAGCCAUGCCAGGAAAAGGCCCGAACGAGUUAUCAAAGCCAACCAUUGCACAUCGGGAUUUUAAAAGCAAGAACGUUCUUUUAAAGAGUGAUAUGACCGCUUGUAUAGCUGAUUUUGGUCUUGCCAUCACUUUUGAAGCGGGGAAAUCUUGUGGAGAUACUCAUGGACAAGUUGGAACUAGGCGAUACAUGGCCCCUGAAGUUCUGGAAGGUGCCAUUAAUUUCACCCCAGACGCUUUCCUUAGAAUCGAUAUGUACGCUUGUGGACUUGUCUUGUGGGAAUUAGUUUCCAGAUGCAAGGCUCAAGAUGGUCCUAUUGAUGAAUACCGCCUACCGUUCGAAGCCGAGGUAGGAACACAUCCAACAUUGGAAGAGAUGCAAGAAAGUAUUGUUCAAAACAAAGUCAGGCCAGUUAUACAGGAUAACUGGCGUAACCAUCCGGGUUUGACGUCAAUGUGUGAUACAAUGGAAGAAUGUUGGGAUCACGAUGCGGAAGCUCGAUUAUCGGCGUCGUGCGUUUUAGAGCGGGUGAUGACCCAGAGCCGGUUUGCGCAGCCGUUGAUCAGCUGGCGAAUAGAAAACAACGACUCGUCCGAAUUGCCACUUAAAGAUGGUAGUAUAUAAGCGGCAACUCAUUAACCGGAAGCUGACAAAUCCGUACCUGUAACUUUGCAAUAGUGUACCUGCGCAAUGGCAGCUUGUGUCUUAGUUACUUCACUGGCCUACUUGUACGACACGAAAAUGCACGAUAGCAUAUUUCGUCACAACCUUAUUUAAAACUAGCCAUACACGUAACUACCGAAAAUAUUUAUGAUUUUCUGUACAGACAGAAUUACGGAUUGAGCGCUCGCGAUGUUUAACUUAACGAUUUUGGCUAAUUAAUGCUUUCAGAAUCGCUAUUUUCUGUUAACAAGGAAUUAACAACAUCUUUUUCAUCGGUGCCCGGGAAAAAACUUCCGAAUUUUUUUCCAUAAUACUUGACUCAUGUGCCAAUAAAACAGACUAUAUUAUAUAUAUUUUGUAUGUUUUCUAUUGUAUUUUACAACUUGAUUUAACUACAUAUCUUGUGUUCGUUUUUUGUUCUUGUAUCGUUUAAAUUUAGGGAAAUGAAUAAAUUUAAAAGAGUUUAGUAUAAAAUUAUAUGUAUUAUUAGGAAAAGAAGAUACGGUUUUUAUUAAACUAAGAUGAUGAGAAUAUUUUUGUUAUGGAUUUAGGAACUUUUUUAAGAUACAUAAUUGUAUUGAAGUAACGAGGGGACUUGUCUGUAUAUAUGUAUUGUAUUAUAAUUUUUGAUGGACUGACGAGAUUAUAUUUUUUAAUAAAAUGGUAAAAAAUUAAAAAUUGAAUAAAUAAGAUUGGUUUUAUUAUCUUGCUAUCGUGUGCGUCAGUGGUUUGUAGCUCAUAAGAGAUUUUAUUAAGUGGUCUUUUUAUUUUUAAAUAAAUAAGUUUUAUGAUCAGGUUUGUAAAUAUACAGAAAAAGAUUAAAAAAUCAUUUUAUUAUCUCACCAAAAUACUUUAUAUAACUAACUAGACCUGUUUCGAAAACCAUGUUAGAAUCUUCAGAAGAGGAUUGGAAUUUAUCUAUAAAACUCAUUCAUCCUAAAUGCUAAUGAGUUUUAUAGUUAAAAUCAUUUUUCUUUAAUUCCCUUAUCUGACACUAAUGAAAACUACAAAAUUUGAUAGAAGUUUUGAUAGAUGUUUCAUUUCAGUAGUAAGACAAAAAUUCUAAUUACUUGCAAUAAUUCGCAUUUCAAGAAAAUAUAUAUAUAAUAGUUUAUGGAAUCUUUUAAAAGUAAAAUUACGAAUUUUGGGAACUUUUCAAUUAUAAUUAUGUAAUAAUUUCACUUUCUUAUUAUACUGGCUGAUUAUCAUUUUAUUUACAGAUUAUCUUCAAGUCUAAUAAUAGUAAUACAGGAUGGACGUAAUAAAAUUGAAAAACUCAUGCUUCAAUUUAUUUUGUACGAUUUAUUUUCUUUUUUAGAAACCGAAUGUGUGUUUUUUUGACAUCCAUCAAACAGAAAUUUGAAAAACACUCUAAAAACGAAUUUGAAUUUGUCAGUUUUUCAAACGUCUCCGCGCAGUUUGAUAGAUGUUAAAACGACACACCGACAAUAUUCAUCAUUAACAAACAUUUUAAAAGGAUGAAACCAGUAGUAUCUUCAAAAUUGGAAAAAAAGCGGUUAGAGCUGAGCCUCUUUGGAGCCCAAAAAUUUGAAAUCACAAAAUAUUAACCUUAAGAACGUGUUUUGAGUUUUUUUCAAAAACCUGUUUAGUCUGCAUUUUGUACAUUGAAUCGCAUCAUUCAUUAUUUUAAUGCAAGUGGUAUUAUUCAAGUAAAAAAAGCUUAAUUUCAACUUAAUUAAUUUGCUUCCUUUGUACAAACCAUUGACACACACAAUAUUAAAAAAAAAAAACAAAAUAAAUUCGAAAUUGUUAAGUAAAUGGUUCGCUGUUACACCAUAAAAUAAAUUUUGUAAAUAAAUGCAUAUAUAAUAACAUUUUGGGAAAACAAUUAUAUAUUUCAAUAUCAGUAUUGUGAGAAUAUACAUGUUCUUAUUCAUAUAGACUACUGAUUAGUAGAGAAAAAACUUUCCGAAUUUACUUAAUUUAAUUUUCUGGGAGAAGGCAGCUAAAUGUUUUAUAUUUUAUUAGAUAACUGCAUGUUUUUUUUUAGAUAAAACAAUAAUCAACGUUUUAUAUUGAGAAUAACGGUAUCGACUAAUUGCUCCAUUACGAAUGAACGAUUUUAGUUCUGAACAUAUUUAUGUUUGGGUACGUUUUUUAAAAGGAAACAUUUUUGAUUGAAAUAACUACUGCAUAUAUACAUGUUGUCUUCCAGUUGUAAUGCUACAGCUUAUUUUAUUUCAAAAGCAACUUUUCAUUUUUAUUGUCUAGACAAGCAAAAUGAUUAAUUAUAUUAAUUAUUUUUCAUACUAAGAGUUUAAUACUUUUCUGACGGACUGAUAUACUUGCCAUUGGGCUGACUAGCAUACUAAAGUCAUAAAUACGCUUAAAAUAUUUUAAUUUUAGACCCAACUUUUUAUGUUAUGUAUGUUUUUAAUUUUUCUUUUCUGUGCAAUAUUUUGCAAAAUACCUAUGGAACUUACAAAAAAAAUUAUUUCACUGUAAUGUAACGUCCUAGUCAGACUGCCCUUACUUCUUUGUGUAAAAACUCAAAUAAGUGUGUAAUAAUUAAGGGUAGGUAUUAUAUAUAGUUUCAAGUUUUCGUCAUAGCAUUAAUUAAUUUAUUGAUUCCUAAGCCAUAUUUUGUUUACAUAUUUGAUUUUUAUAUUUUCAAUGUGCUUUUAUAAUUUCCGGUUUUUCUCUUUAAUUUGAUGAAAGACUUCUAUCUAAACUUGGGUUUUCAGAUAUUUCUUGGUGCUCAGUAAAGAUUUCUCUUAUUAUUUUGACAAAAAAAAUGAUCUUUUUUUGAUUUUAAUCUUAAGAGAAAUUUCACUUGGGCUCUUCUGGGUGGACAUAGUUUCAUAUUUUAAAAAUAUUUGGUUCUUUAUAUACAACUCUGUAGUAAGAGUCUGGCAAGGAUUUAAUAACAAAUAUCGGUUUUUUAUUAUAUACCAUUAUCAUUUUAAAAACCAUUUCUUUGAUUGGCAAAUUAUAAUCUAUUAAAUUACAAAGUUUUAUUAAUCUCGUAAUUUUUAUAUAAACCAUUGCUUUGCUCAAGCUUGAACAAAAAAUAUAUUUUUAAAUUCGUAUUUAGAUUCAACUCAUGGUUCCUUAGAAAAUGAUUAAUGAAAUUCCAGUCAACAUGUUGUCGUUAUGGCUAAAAGAUCGAAUCUGACAUAAUGUAGUAUAAAUACUAUAUUUCAAAAUAAAAUUUUAACCAAUACUACCCUUUCUACUUUCCUUAAUUAACCGUUAUUUUACAGAACACUACCUCCUUUAUAGUUGUGAUUGAACGACUAUAACUACCCCUAUAAUGUAUCUAAUAAAUGUAGAUUAUAUUAGAAUAGUUAGUGGAAUAUUAUUAUCCUGUGGAUAGUUGUUAGCAGUUAUCUUGACGUCUUGUUAUUAACUAAUCCUGUUUUUUUCGUAGAUUCUAAUCUUUGGCUAAGGGUUAAUUCAAAAACAUGUUGUGUUGUUUUGGACUGUUUGUUGUGAGUGUUGGCUAAUAAGUUUUUGAUUAAGAAAUGAGGAGCACAGAGCUAAAGUGGGUCAGGUGAAACGUUUUACUUAUAAAUAAUACAUUCUUCUCAAAAUGGCUUAGAAGAAUUUGUUAAAAGUUUUUUUUUUAAUAAUAUCUUUAGGAGAAACAGAAUUUGACCCAGAAACCCAAAAAUUAUGAUCAUUUGAUGUAAUACUUAACUAAGGGUAUAAAAACAUUUAAGAUACCAUUUCUUCGGAUGCUAUAAAUAUAUUUAUUUUCUAUAGGUGAUAGCAGUUUAUAUGUGGUCGAAGAAGCAACAUAUCCAGAAGCGAUUUUAUGGCUUAAUUAAUUAAUCUAUAUAAUCCAUUUUUAUGAAGUUUUUUUGCCAAUUUCGUACUUGAGAAAUACGAUAUUCCAAGAAAUUUUUCACAUGAAAUCUAGUGUUGUAAUAUUUUAGGAUUUAAUAAUAUUUUUAAAUAUUAAUAUAUAAAUUUCUAAAAAUAUUACAACAAAUAUUUUUAUUUUAAUUCUAGUGGAAUUUUUUUCUAAAUUUUGUUAUAUGUUACUAUGGCAAAUCUUUUUCCCAUCAAAGUUGAGUAAUACCAUUGUAACCAGGAAAAUCUUGAACAGGUUAAUUAUUUUAUCCAUUUUAGCUCUGAAUGCCUCACAUUUUAAAAAUAUAUUAAAAUUAUAAGAAAAAAUAUUAAUUAUUAUACAAAGUAUUUGGAAUCGAUGAUAAAGACUUGAAAGUUAUUCCACGUACUUUGUAUAAAUUCUGUUUUCUUUUAAUUACGAGUGGUAUUUGUUACAAUGUGUCUGUUUUUGCGAAAUCAUUAUUUUGUAUGCACCUUGACUCAUAAAUCAUGAAAAACAGAGAAUUUUUUUUAAAAAAAUGGAAAUACAGAAUGUUAAGCGCUUCUAUGACUAUAAGUCAUUUGCUUUGUUUAACCGUAUAUACAUAUUUUAGGUCUGGUUUAAAAAAAACAUAUUUUUACAAUGUUUUACGUAAAAACAAUAUUUUAUUGGCAAAUCAGAACUUAAGACAAAUGGACCGCAAGAAGUGCUUUUGUUCUAUUUUAAUAUAAAAUUUUUUGUUUUAAGGAUAUAUUUUGACCUUUAUUUAUAAAGUUAAAUUGAAUUUUAAUUAAUUUAAUGGCACACUUGGAAAAGAGUUAUGUGACAAAUAUCGCUCGUUUACUAAUAAUUAAAUAAAAAUUAUUAUGUUUUUGAUAGUCGAAAAGUUGGUGUUUGUAUACAUAUCUUUUUUAGCAUAGUUGACAUAUCGAAAGAAAAAUCUAAAUUUCAUUUCUUGCUAUUUUGUAAAACCUUUUAGAAAAUAUUUUAUAUGACAUGUUUAAUUUUUAUAAUUAUGUUACCUAGUAUACCUUUUUCUUAGUUGAAUUAUUGCGUGUUCUGUUCCUAAAUAUUAUGCGUACAGGGUGUUUAAAGUUUGUUGGUAUAAUCCGUCUAUUAUAGCAAGAAAGUAGGGUGAAUAUUCACAACUCUUGACUUUAUAUGGUUUUUAAUUAGUACAUUAUUCUAGCGCGGAAUUACAUCUGAACCUACCAAAUAUUCAUUUAAGCAACUAUUUUGAAGUUUCAGAUGUAGUAAGCGAGUAAACCUUCUUAAAAUAAUUGUUUCUAAUAACAAUUCCUAAGGGUCCUUUUGUUAAUGCAAUUUAUACAAUAAAAUACCAUGCUAUUUCAUAUUGGGAUAGAUUUGACAUUACACAAUAGGGACUCUGUCGCAGAUGCCAUUUUUAAAUGACACGGUAGAAUGACACGGCAUAAAUCCCAAAUGUGUAUAAUAAUAGAUAUAUUUUUUUUAUAAAUGCAACGGUAAUUUUAACACUUGAUACUUUUAUAUUCUCAGUCUAGAAAUUUUUGUCUAACUGUACUUUGUAUGUGACACAUAAUUUGUGUAGUUAAACAGUGAUUAUUGUGAAAUUGUAUAAUAUUGAUUAAAAUAUUUUAUGUAA